AUGUCAGCAGUUCAAACAGUCGGAGCUACUACCAAAUUAAAUCAACACGAAAUAUUGCCAUCCCCUACCGAUGUAGGAGCAUUGGCUAACAGAAUAAACCUCGAAACCAAGGCAUUACACAAUAAGAUCGACAAGAUGAUAACAUUAAAGUUGGCAUUAGCAUACAGAGAUGCAAGAAUAUACCGUCAGGGAUUACAGAGUUUCUAUCACGUCUUUGCUACAGUGGAAAGAUGCUUGAUGAGUCAAUUUGAAAAGAACGACGAAUGGACUGACAUUUUGAAGCAAGUGUGGAAACCAGAAAUGGCCAGAACCGACAAAUGUGAACAAGAUUUGAUGUUCUACUACGACGACAGAAGAGAAAAAUUCGAAAACCCUAUCAUGAGUGAACAGAUUAAAUUUGUGGAACACAUUAAGACAGUAACGGCCGAGAAGCCAUACUUAUUGUUAGCAUACUUACACGUGAUGUACUUAGCAUUAUUUGCCGGGGGUAGAAUUAUGAGGUCGUCUAUCUCGAAAGCUACUGGGUUGUUCCCACAAAAGGACGGUUUGAAGCAUGAAGAUAUUAUCAGAUUAGGAGCUAACUUCUAUACCUUUGACGUGGCCGAUGAAGACGCGUUCAGAUUACUUUACAAAAGAGAUUACGAACUUGUUACCAGACCUAACUUGACCGAAGAACAAAAGGUUGAAAUUAUUGAAGAAUCCAAGUACAUAUUUGCUCAAAAUGCCAAAUGUGUCUCUGAAAUUGAACAACACAACAUCGCCAGAAUGUCCAAAAAAUGGGCUUAUAUCGCUGCAACCAAGGGUUAUUAUGCGAUCAUGGUUUUAGCUGCAUUGUUGGUUUUAUUCUACGUUAGAAGAAUAAUCUUACACUUAUUUUAA